CCUCAUUCUUGGCAGCCUAUCACGCCGAAAGAGGAGCUGCUGGUGUGGUACACCGUGCAAGACAACCCCGAGAUAACAGCUGCACUGGAGGAAGAAAGAUUCAGCACUCUGAGCAGGACUCCCGGGCCAACCGAGCCAGAAGAAAGCUGCUGGAGAGAGCCAGAGGAGCUGACUUGGCUGACUUGCAGAAAACAAGUGGAAACAAAUCUGUCAAGGCGAUGUGGGAUGGGGAGGAAGGUCUGAAGGAGGACGACGAGAGGUUAUUUCCACAAAAGCCCUCACAGGAACUCCAGAAAGCCUACCCCAUGGAAAUCAGUGACCAAACAGAUGUGCAGGACAUGUCAGCAGUCAUGAUGGAUGUGGGAAAAGGAGAGGAGGAAGAAGAAGAAGAAGAAGAGGAGGAGGAGGAGGAUGCGGAUUUUACUUCAACUGAAGCACAACAGCCCGACCAAGCUGUCAGAGGUGUCAAAAAAAGCCUGUCUCAGUCUUCCCUGCCUCUUGGGCAAGAACUUGAGGUUAACCCCGAUCUUGACCUCGAUCCAGACCCUGAUGGCGACUUCGAAGGGGACCCCCACGGAGGCUCGUUCCCCUGUCAACACUGUGAACGCCACUUCUCCACCAGGCAGGGUCUAGAGCGCCACAUACACAUCCAUGCCGUCACCAAUCAGCAAGCACAACUGUUCAAGUGCCGAUACUGUAGUAAGGCGUUUGGCUCACAGGUGGGCCGGCGGCGCCAUGAGAGGAGGCACGAGAGCGGCCUCAAGAAGCCGCUCGGCUCCUUUGCCGGUACACCGAAUUUGCUCAGUCCUUUCAUGCAAACUGAUGUGUUGAGCCCUGACUGCACCAGCCCAACAACUCACCAUGUAGCCUCGCAGCUCACUGGAGGAGCUGUUCACAGCUCUGAAAUGCCGAGGAGGGAAUCAGGCUCACAUGUUGACCGUCCCUUCAGUUUAGAUGAAAAUGGCGACUCCAAAGAGCUCCACCCAUGCAAGUACUGUAACAAAGCAUUUGGCACGCACACCAACAUGCGGCGGCACCAACGCAGGAUACACGAACGACACUUGCUGCCGAAGGGUGUUCGACGGAAAGGUAUGCUGCUGCAGGAGGCAUCGACGCAGCCACAACCCAAUGAGUCGCCGAAUACCAGCCCGGCCCUUGUAUAUGUGCCCAGCGCCGACACGGAAGACGAGGCAGACCGGGAUGAUUACGCGGUGGACAUAUCUAAAAACAUCUCUGAGAAUUUGAGUUUCUUCAUUGACGGCAAGAUUGUGUCGACCAGCACGGUGAGCAGCUGUGAGGUCAUCGAAGUGGACACCAGAUCUGCCGCCCUGUUGGGUCUGGACACGGUCAUCAUCAGCCCCAGUCAGCUCAGUCAGGCCCUGAAGGUGGAGGCUCGAGCCAGCACUGCAAAGCAGGUGUCAAACAUCUGCCAGUCAUCAUCCAAAAGAAGAACAUCCACGCCUCCUCUUGUUCCCAGCCUCAAAGUAGAGACGGAAACGCCGUCUUUCACAGCCUCUUCAUCAUCCAUGACAUCGUCCUCUCCUAACUUGCUAGUGGGUGGGCUUCUGCAGCCCACGGAUUCAUCUGGCUUUCAAAGGGAGAAAACAGUUUAUCUGUCACCUAAACUCAAGCAGCUCCUUCAGACACAAGACGUCCAAAAAUCCACUAUCACGCUGAUAUCCGAAAGCCACAGGCUGGCGUCCUCGCUGUCUGUCACACCGCUGCAAGGUUCCUCUGGUCGGUUUAAAAGGAGAACAGCCUCACCACCGUCGUCCCCACAGCUCAGCCCAGCAUUUAAAGCAGAGAACUGCAAGCCAGAGGCAGCAAGCUCGUACACCCUGAAGGUGCCAAAGCUCGAAAGUCUCAGCGUCUCCCCUCUUGGUAACCAUUUGGACAAGGAUGAUGCUGGAGCCCUGAGCCCCUCUGGAAGUAACCUUCUAGUCCAAAACUCCUCCAGCAGCGGAGGCAACGCUUGCAAUCAACAACCCUUGGACCUGUCCAGCACUGUCAGUCGGCGAAGUGACAUCCCUAUCAAGGCUCAAAACGAUUCAGCGCUUGAUUUGAGUGUGCAUCGGAAGCAGAGCACUGCAGACCUGGACGUAAAGGGAAGUACAGCACCACAGUUGCUUGUCAAGAAGAGAAAGCCAAACACCAGCAUGCUUGAGAAGGUGCUGAUGAACGAGUAUGUCGGUUUGCCCUUGCCGACGGAGGAGGGACCCUCGCUCAUUACCAACCUCAGUCUUCAACCUCAUUCUCCUAAUGUUGCACCCGAGUCUGCCCACCCUUCUCCUCCAUCUUUGACCCCGGUCACCAUGAACCCGUCGUCACCCGGCACAUCCAGCGUGACCUCAACGACGCCGCCUCCCCCUGUACUACCCACGAUUCCAUCGCCGCCUGCCAUUGCAAACUCUCCCCUCGCUCAGCCCUCGGACUCAUCGGCACAGCGGCCUCUUCCUGUCCUGUCACCUAAAAUGUCCCCAAGGAUGUCUGAGCUCCCGUCAGAGGCAGAUGAGAGUUUGUUCACCGGUGAAAAUAAAGUUGAGGAAGAAAACGCCCUCUCUGAGACACUGGACUCCCUGAACACUCCACUCAAAGAUCCUCACCAUGCACCUCUUGAGCCUUCAUCAUUUGGUCUGUCCACUAAAGAAGACAUUUCUCCGCUGAUAGAUGAAACAAACCAAGACCUCAACUCAGGAAAUUCAAAGUCUUGGAGCGCUGACUUUGCUGCUCUCUCACCCCAGCCAGAAUCCUCAGCUUGCCCUCCUCCCAUGCUACAUGAUUCAGCCCCACCGCUGCCUCCGCAAAGCCCUCCUCAUGCUGAGAUAAAAGAGGAGCCUCAACAUUGCACAGAUGACGUCUCUGUCAUGAACCACGUGCCUCGGGAUGAAGUUGAACCUCCAACUCUUAAUAAGAUGUCCGAAAAAACCCCAGAGGCUGAACAGGUGGACUCUGCUUACAGCAAGACUUUUGUUUGUAAUGUCUGUGAGGGUCCCUUCAGCUCCAUGAAGGAGCUCAGUGGCCACAUCGGCCAGCAUGCUUCAGAUUGGCCCUUCAAGUGUGAGUUCUGCCUGCAGCUGUUUGGCGACGCUGCUGCCCUGCUCACUCACCGGACUACGCUACAUGGGGUGGGCACCAUCUUUGUGUGCUCUGUCUGUUCUAAGGAGUUUGCCUUCCUCUGCAACCUGCAGCAGCACCAAAAAGAUCUGCAUCCAAAUGAAGCAUGCACACAUACCUCCGUAGAGAGUGGCAAACUCAGGCCACAGAACUACACCGACCCAUCCAAAGCCAAAGAAGAAAUCGGCGCCUCCACACCAUCACAAGAGACUUCAAAAGAAGCUCCAGAACAGAAUGACUCUGUGAAGGAUGAGCCUGAUGUUAAUGGAAACCAAGCAGAUGACGGCCCAGAGGACCCCAACGAGGAGCUGUACACAACAAUAAAGAUCAUGGCCUCUCAGGGCGGGAAGCCCAAAGACCCAGAUGUCCGCCUUGGUCUCAAUCAACACUACCCCAGUUAUAAACCGCCCCCUUUUCCCUAUCACAGCCGCUCCCACGCCAGCUCUGUGGCCUCAGCAACUAACUUCACCACACACAACAUACCACAAACCUUCACCACGGCCAUCCGCUGCACCAAGUGCGGCAACAGCUUUGACAACAUGCCUGAGCUGCACAAGCAUAUUUUGGCCUGUGCCAAUGCGAGCGACAAGAAGCGCUACACUCCCAAGAAGAACCCUAUUCCCCUCAAGCUAAUAGUUGAGUCUCCCAAUGGAGUCGUGUCACCCUCAGCUACGGCUGCAGGCCACAGUGCCUUUCGAAGAAUGGGCCAGCCCAAGAGACUUAAUUUCAGUCAGGACGUAGGGAAAACAAAAAUGAGUGCCCUCAGUAAAAAGAAGAACCAGCUGGUCCAGAAGGCCAUUUCCCAAAAGAAUAAAACGGCCACCUCUGCAAAGAAGGCUGCUGUGAAGGUCGAGGAGGAACAAACUAACGUCUGUCCUCACUGCAGCCGGGAGUUCACAUAUCAAGCCAGUCUGAGUAAGCACAUGGCCGUCAGCUGCCCCAUGAAGCCUGUUGUGAAAAAGCCCAUGAAAAGACUCGCAGACAAGAAGAAAGAAGCUGCCUCAGAAAAAAAUAAGAAGAAGAAAGACGGUGAAGCAGCACCGAUUGAACCAGAGCUAAAACCCCUCGGAAAGACCAGAGCUCGUAGCACCGGUGCAGUAGAGCCUGAACACUCGCAGAUCAGCAAAGGCAAAACCACACUGAGCACACAAAAGAGACCUGCCUCACUACCAGAAGCAGCAGCGGUGGCGACCCCCACCAGCAAAAAAGCUAAGAAGGGCCAAGCUCAACCGUCAGUCCCCGACCCUCCCAAUGACACCGCACAAAGACCAGCCAUGAGGAUGCAGCGAAUGGGCAAAGAGGCACCACCCAAGAGACUGGCAGAGGCCAAGUCGCCACAGCAGCCCAAGAAAGAAGAGCGCUUCUCCCUGCGAACCAGAGAGAGGGUUGGAGGUCCCGUCACCAGGAGCUCGCAAAUGGCGGCCCCCUGUGCUGUGGGCAAAAGCGAGGACGCACCAACGACUGAGCUUAAAGACUCUCUGGAGGUGCUGAUGAAGUAAGCCAUGAUGACCUGGGAAUACAGACUCUGGGUUGUCCCACACUAAAAGAAAAAAAAAAAAGAACUCUGCCUUGCUGGACCGAAGGCGAGAGCUCUUAUUUUUUUUUCUUCCAUUUGUCAUAUGAACUAAACUGAGCCUGCAUUUUUAUUUUUUUUUUGCCAGCCUUGCAAAAAAAAACAACAACUGUAAAUGUCAGUAAGUUAAUAUAUAUGUAUACAAUGUGUCAUUACUUGACCCAAAACAGUAACAUUAGGGCUCUGUCAAAGCUGGUCUAUUGCAAAUGGCAAUCACGCAUCAGUUAGGGGAAUUCCUUGCAUUGUUAAUAUUCUAGUUCCUCCUCCGUUGGCUUGUUUAGUGUUUUCUUAUUUCUUCUGGAGUCUCCUAAUGCAUGUGUUGGGAAAAAAUAGAAUAAUCUAGAUUUUAUGACAAGUCUCUUCCAAUGGCCGCCGUUUGUUUUGCAGAAUAUGUAUGUUGGAUUCUGUAGUUAUUGUUAGAAAAUAACCUCUUGGCUUAUCAUUUGUGUUGGGAAAAGAAAUGUGGCAGUUGACUGCAACAAUUGGUCCUCAGGAAUUCUGUGUGCAAGUAUGAGUAUGUUUGUGUGUGUGUGUGUGUGUGUGUGUGUGUGUGUGUGUGUGUGCGCGUGUGCGUGAAUGGACACAACUAUUCCUCCAGUCUGGAUCACAAUGACAUCUCAUGUUUUUACUUGUUUUAUCUGACGUUAGCAAGCCAAUUCCAGUGGUUGAAAUGGACGGGGACUGGUCUUGUCUUAUAAUACUAUUCAUUGUGAAAAGAAGCAUCACUCGCACGUCCUUGCAGCACUUUAGAAAGGAACUGCCAAAAUGUGUAGCUGGAUCACUAAGAUUGGGGCCUCAUUAAAACCAUAGAAUGUAUUCAUUUAGUGUGUUUUGCUGUAAAUUGGACACUUUUAUCAUGUUAAAAUGCAUGAUUCAAACUUUUUUUGGGACCGAAGCGUACCAGUGUCUUGUGCCCCAGCUAUGACUUUUCUUUUUUCAGUGAAAUAUUUCUGCGAACAUCAUGUAUCAAAUGUGGAUGUCAGCCUCCCUCCAAACACAAACAUUAAUAACAGUGUUUCCCACACAUUCAUUUAUUUGUGGUGGUGCAUGUGGACUUAGACUUAGGAAGGAUUGGUGUUGCCAAUGUAGGCACUUUGUUGCUAUGUUUAGCGAGUAAUCAAACCUGUCUAGAUACUCUUUUUGCAAACCAAUUAUGCAAAUUGGACGAUUACGCCCGCCACUGCCACAAACAGAUCGCAAUCCUGUGGGAAACAGUUAUUAAUAAUUCUUCAAUUGGAAGAAUUGUAGCAUGUAAAAUGGGAGCGUAAAUUUGAGCAGAACAUGAAUGGAAGCAAAUUUAUAUUUCCACAAUAAAUCCCCCCACCACCAAAA